AUGUUGAGAGCAGCAAAAUUUUUGCAGACGGGUUGGCAGCCACGACACACGAGCGUGCGCUGCUACGCGUACCCGAAGAAAGUGUUCGAGAUGAUGAAGAACGCGCCGCCGACUUGCUACACGCAGCUGGACAACGGGCUGCGCGUGGCCACGGAGCGGCGCGACGUAGCACACGCCUGCAUCGGCUUCUUUAUCGACGGCGGCUCGCGCUACGAGAGCAGGUUUGAGAACGGCAUCGCGCACUUCUUCGAGCACAUUGUGUUCCGCGGCACGCGCUGCCGCGCACGCUCUAUACUCGAGCACCAGAUGUCCAACACCGGCGCGCGCUUUCACACCUUCACCACCCGCGAGCUGUGCGGCUACUACGCCGAGUGCCUCUGCGAGGACGCGCCCAUUAUCAUCGACCUGCUCGCCGACUGCAUCUUCCACAACAGCCUCUCUCGCCCCGAGAUCGAGCGCGAGAAGGAGAUCGUGUUCCGCGAGAUAAUGCAAGCGGAUGAGGAUGCAAACGCUGUCCUGUUCGAUUACCUUCACGGCGCCGCUUACCACGGAACGACGUUAGCGCAGUCAGUGAUGGGUCAGAGCUCGAACCUCUACAACUUCUGCGACACGACUAUCGGCCGCUACCUUAGUAAGACGUUCGACCCGACUCGUACGGUGCUGGCGGCGGUGGGCGGCGUCAAGCACGAGAAGAUUGUCGAACUGGCGAACCAUUUCGUGUCCGGCCUGCAGCCGUCCAAGUGCAUGUACGAAGAUUACCGGUACACGGCCAGCGACUUCCGGUUCCGGAACGACGACUUGCCGUUUUGCAACACGGCGAUAGCGUUCGAGGGCCCCGGGCUGUGUGACGAGGACAACUACACGAUGGACGUGGCGGCCAUGUACCUCGGCGGCUGGGACCGCUCGCAGCCCGGCGGGCCUGAGCAUCCCAACAAGAUUGCGCGCGCCGGUCUCAUCGAGAACAUGUGUGACGCUUACCGAACCUUCAACUUCAAAUAUAAGGAUGGCGGCCUCUGGGGCAUACAGUUCUUGGGGCAUCCGUUGUAUCUGGAUGAAUUACUAUAUAAUAUACAGAGUGAGUUUAUGAAUUUGUGCUGUAUGGUGACGGUGAACGAGGUUAGGAGGGCGAAGCGCGCACUGAAGACUCGGCUGAUGACGAAGCUGGAGAACGCGACAUGUGCGUGCAUCGACCUGGGCCGGUACACGCUGUACAUGGGGCGGCGGCCAGAGUUGUACGAGCGCAUAUGCGAGAUCGACAAGGUGCUGCCGGAGGACGUGCACCUCGUGUGCUCGCACUACAUCUACGACCGCUGCCCGUGCGUCGCCGCCGUCGGGCCCAGCGAGAGCCUGCCCGAGUACAACCGCAUCCGCGCAGGACAAUACUGGAUGCGACUCUAAUCUACAACGCUAGCUCUUGAUUCGCGUACGCAGGGAAACAAUCGCGCUCGCAGUUAAUAAUCAGAUUCGCUAACAGCA